CGGUCCCUCCCCUUCCAAGAUGGCGGCGGCCGAGGUGGACGCUGCGCUGGCGCUGCUGGGCCGGAUCGCUGGGCUGCCGGAGCCGCUGGAGGAGCUGCGGGCCCUGCGGGUGGCCGUGCAGGCCCUGCCCCCCGGCGCCCUCCGCGAGCGAGGUCCUGGCUUCCCCUUGGCUGGGCUCUUCGUCCUCAUGGCCCGCGGGGACAGCAGCGAGCAGAUCUCUUUAUGUGUAUCUGUCUUGGAGAGAUUCCUGCAAGUCAUGGACCCCUUGGACGUAAUCCAAAACUUUGGAGAAGAACUUCAGAAGGGACUCUUCCACCCUGAUGAUUCAGUCAAAAUCCUAACCAUCUCCCAAGUGGGAAGAGUAGUUGAAGAUCCUGUCGCUGUUAGAGAAAUCCUUAACACUCCUGAAUUAUUGAGGCAGAUUGUCUAUUGCAUUGCUGCGGAGAAAAUAGCUGUGGCAAAAGAGGCCAUCAAGUCAUUGUCCAGGAUAGCUCAAACACCAGAGGGCUUGGAAGUUUUGCUGGUGGGGAACUUGCUGAUAGACUUAAAAAGCGUCAUGGCGAAGAGCGAUGUCAUACGUUAUCGCGUGUAUGAGCUAGUAGUCGAUAUUUCCUCCAUGUCGGUGGAUUCUCUGAACUACUGCGUGAACAGUGGUUUGAUGUCAGAAAUGAUUGGAGAACUGACUGGAAACGAUGUGCUUGUCAGAGCUACCUGUAUAGAGAUGGUGACCUCAUUGGCCCACACUCAGCACGGACGACAGUAUCUCGCCCAGCAAGGCAUCAUUGACAAGAUUUCCAAUAUAAUCAUUGGAGCUGACUCCGAUCCCUUCUCCGGCUUCUACCUGCCAGGAUUUGUUAAAUUUUUUGGCAACCUGGCGAUCGUGGACAGCCCCCAGCAGAUCUGCGAGCAGUAUCCUGCCUUUCUGGAGAAGGUGUUCAACAUGGCUGAAGGCCAAGACCCAACCUUGUUUGGCGUGGCGGUGGACACGAUUGGGAUCUUGGGGUCAAACGUGGAGGGCAAGUUGGUGCUCCAGAAGACAGGGAGUCGGUUCCAUCGUGUGCUAAACAGAAUUGGACAUCAGAUAAAGAAUGCUCCGACUGAGAUGAGAAUCCGAUGUCUGGAUGCCGUUUCAUCUCUUUUGUACUUGCAACCUGACCAUCAGACCGAAGAUCUUCUCCGGAUGACAGAAUCUUGGUUUUCCUGUCUAUCCAACCAGCCCUUGGAACUCUUCAGGAGCAUCAGCACCCAGCCAUUCCCUGAUCUCCACUGUGCUGCCUUGAGAGUCUUCACUGCCAUUGCUAAUCAACCUUGGGCCCAGCAGAAGAUGUUGGCCAGUCCUGGCUUUGUGGAAUACAUCGUUGACAGAGCAGUGGAGCCAGAUAAAGCUUCUAAGGAGGCCAAAUAUGAACUUGUCAAGGCCUUGGUUAACUCAAAGACCGCUGCAGAAAUCUUUGGAAAUCAGCAUUAUUUAAGACUGAGGGCUUACAUGCGCGAGGGGCCGUAUUAUGUUAAGGCUGUCUCAACUACUGCUGUGGAAGGAGCUGAGUAGCUUUGGAUGACAUAAUUUUAAGCUACUCGCCAGUAAUUCCAGGGUUAACUAAGGGUUCUGAACAUCUGGAAGGGGGUUGACCUGUUGGUUUGUAGGGAGGAAAAAAGAAAGUGAAAGGAAUUAGCUUGGCAUGACUUUCUUACUUUUUGACUUUGAAAUGGCAGGAAACUGGGUUGAAAUACUGAGAUCUUCUAGGUACUUUCCUGAUGGGAAGUGUGGAUGCCACCAUUUUACAGUGCUUAAAACCCACUCUCUGAGAGAAAGGUUAUGACCCUUAAGUGAGACUCCUUUGGAACGUAGAAAACACUUCUUUUUUUUUUUGCUUUCACACUGGAUGUUUUACCAUCUUGGUUUAUUUGCAUUUCUUUUCCUUUGAUUGUGCUCAGGGUGACUCAUAGUUCAGAUGAGCACCAAGUAUUGCUUUCCAGCAGUUCUAAAUACCAUGAUACAAAUAUUCAUCCACGCAACUUUAUGGAGGGAACAAAUAAGAUGAUUUAAUCCAGGUCCUUGAAAGCAAGUAAUAAAGCCUAAAUAUAUAUUACAUAAAAGGCUAAGCACAUCUCCAUUUUACAAAGAAGUGUGGAUUGUCCAUCCUUCGCCCAGCCUUCAUCUCUCUUCUCUCAGUCCAUCCUCCAGCUCUCAAUCUCAACCCAAGGAAAGGAAAAACUAGGCUCCCUUCCCUUCCCAGGGCCACUUUAAUCUCAACAGUCUCCUUCAAAAGAACCUCUUCCAGUGCUUUCAAGGGUUAUAAAGUUACACACACACAAGAUACUUCUUCUACGAUUCAAUCAAGACACAGCACUGUCCCUUAUCCUACGUAUCAGGCUCUGAGCAUGGUAUAGCUUGAAAUAGGUUGCACAGAAAAGUGGCUCGGCAUGAAGGACCAGAGUCCAAUAUGCAUAUUCCAGCUCAGAUUUAUGGGUGUUAAAUGCAUUGGUGGCUUACUACUUGACUAAUUUGGGAAGCAGGAAAGUAUCUCCAACAACAGAUGAGUCCCUGACUGUAGUAAAGUUUGGGUAGUAUCCCUACGUACAAAAAUUUGUUUUUCUUCUGUUUUGGGUUAAUUCAUAAAACGCAUCUUGAACUGUGUUGGUAUUUGCAGUCUGAUUUUUAACCCCGUUUUGUUCAGGUUACUGCCUUUUGUGUAUAUUUCGGCUCUGUAAUAAUUCCUUUUUGAUAUGUAUUGGUUUCCUUUUGUCAUGCAUGUAAGCAUCAUGUAGAAUGACCCCUUUUAAAGAUGAAGUGAGAUGGUCAGAUUAAUUAAAUUUGGGUAAAAAGUCUUCA